UUUGAGUUUUGUAAAUAAUGAUCAAAUAUGAAUAUUUACCAUGAUUGAAAUGGACUUAUAAAUAAUAAUCAAACAUGAAUAGUUACCAUGAGCUGGCAGGAAGAGUUCAUGACAUGCUGAAGUAACCAUGGCGAUGAAGGCAAUGAACUCCUUGAAGUCGAUCUCCAUGUCGCCAUUUUGGUCAAUGUCAGCAAACAGCUCAUCCAUCUCACGCUUCUGGAUCCUCUGCUCGACGAGAAAUGGACAUAAAAGAUAAAACAUCUGGAGGAAGAAGCGGGACUGUUGGAUCAGGCAUGGCUGACCUGCUGAAGCUCCUGCUGCGAGUGUCUGAGAAAGCCGCCAACGUCGCUCGCGUCUGCCGGCAGGAGGCUCCUCUCUUUGCGCUCCUGGUCCAGGAGAAGACCGGAGACGAUAAGAAUAAGAAGUUUGUGCAGGACUUCAAGACGCUGGCGGACGUCGUUAUCCAGGAGGUGAUCCGGCAUGACGUCGGUGCUCAGUUCCCUGAGAUGGUGGACUUCAUUCAUGGGGAAGAAUCCAACAAGUUUGAAAACGGACUUGGUGAGAGCGUGACUGUGACCGUACGCGCCACUGAGCAGGAGACCGCCACUCUUCUGGCCUCGGUGCUGGACGGUGACCUGACGGCGGCGGCGCUCCUGGCACGAGCCAUCCACCAAGACCCGGCCACUGUUGACGCCAGCACGGACGGACUGGCAGUGCCGCUCAGCCCCUCCCAGUUUGGCAUCUGGAUCGACCCGAUAGAUGCCACCAGCCAGUACAUCCAGGGCCGCGAGGAGGUCCUGGAGGAGGGCCGUCUGUCACCUUCAGGGCUGCACUGUGCCCUGGUCCUCAUCGGGGUCUACCUGCGCAGCACAGGUGCCCCCGUCAUGGGUGUCAUCAACCAGCCGUUCAACCGCAAAGACCCGACAAGUGGAAGCUGGCAGGGCAAGAUCUUUUGGGGCGUGGCCUGCGGCGACGUCAAGAUGUGCUCCGUGCCCCGCCCCCGAGCUUCGCCGACAGGUCAAGGGCCGCCGUCCGUGGUACUGAGUUCCAGCGAGAAGCAGGCGGCCAAGGAGAGUCUGGCCUCGCUGUGUGGCCCCCAAAGGCUGAUGUACGCCUCCGGGGCCGGCUACAAGAUCCUGUGCGUCAUUCAGGGCCUGGCCGACGCCUACGUCCUGUCGGAGGGGAGCACCUUCAAGUGGGACUCCUGCGCCCCUCACGCGCUGCUGCGGGCCCUCGGAGGAGGCGUGGUGGACCUGGCCAGAACGUUGGAGUCCGGUCCUGAGGCCCAGGCAGAACUGACCUAUCACCAGCCUCGCAGCCAGGCCAAAGGAGCAGACCGCUGGGCCAACUCUGGAGGUCUGGUGGCCUACCAGGACUCUUCUCAGCUCAAGAGCAUCAUUGGGGCCCUCAGAGGGAAGUUGUAGACACUUUUUUAAUUAUAUACAAACUAUCUAAGAAACUAGAUAUUAAAUAUAUACAAACUAUGUAAGAAAGUAUAUAUUAAAUAUAUACAAACUCUGUAAGAAAUUAGAUAUUAAAUAUAUACAAACUAUGUAUGAAAGUAGAUAUUAAAUAUAUACAAACUAUGUAAGAAAGUAGAUAUUGAAUGUAUACAAACUGUAAGAAAGUAGAUAUUAAAUAAAUACAAACUAUGUAAGAAAGUAGAUAUUGAAUAUAUAAAAACUCUGUAAGAAAGUAGAUAUUAAAUAUACUAAAACUAUGUAAGAAAGUAGAUAUUAAAUAUGUAAAAACUAUGUAAGAAAGUAAAUAUUAAAUAUAUAAAAACUAUGUAAGAAAGUAGAUAUUAAAUAUAUAAAAACUAUUUAAGAAAGUAGAUAGUAAAUAUAUAAAAACUAUGUAAGAAAGUAGAUAUUAAAUAUUUAAAAACUAUGUAAGAAAGUAGAUAAUAAAUAUAUAAAAACUAUUUAAGAAAGUAGAGAGUAAAUAUAUAAACACUAUGUAAGAAAGUAGAUAUUAAAUAUUUAAAAACUAUGUAAGAAAGUAGAUAAUUAGUAUACAAAAACUGUAAGAAAGUAGAUAAUAAAUAUAUAAAAACUAUGUAAGAAAGUAAAUAAUAAAUAUAUAAAACUGUAAGAAAGUAUAUAGUAAAUAUAUAAAAACUAUGUAAGAAAGUAGAUAAUAAAUACAUAAAAACAAUGGAAGGAAGUUUUAUAUAUUUAAUAAUUACUAUGUAAGAAAGUAAUACAAAGUGAAAUAAAAGAGCAAACAGGUGAAAUAUAACAAGAAAAAGUUUCAAUGUUGACUAAUAACACGAAGCUGCCAUGUAGCUUUAUUUCAUAAAAUAAUAAUGAAUCAAAAUCAACGUUAUGAAUUAUUGACACUUAAAGCUCCAAUUUUCACUUUGAAAUAUUUUUAAAGAAAAUAUUGCAUAUUUUGUGUGUUGGCCAUAUGAAAAAGUUUUGACAAAAAGGGCAUACCGGUACAAUGAAAACAACACAUAAAAAUACUAAAAACUUGUCAUUUAAAACUUAUAAGUUGACCUAGAAAUUUAAGAAUUGAAAGGGAAACAAAUGUGUGACUUAUUUUUAACACUUUUAUGAUAAUAAUUUUAGUGGAUCCUUUUAUUUAGUGGAUCCCGCUCAUAGAGUGUUAAAGUGUAUCUUUUUAUUUGAAAAACUGUCAUAAUAAUGAAUCAAAAUCAAUGUUAUGAAUUAUUGACCUAUUUAGUGCUCCAAUUAUUUCACAUCCAAUAUUCCACUUUGAAAUAAUUUUUGAGGAAAAUAUUGCAUAAUUUGUGUGUUUUUCAUACAGCAUCAAAGUUUUAUUUGACAAAAGGGCAUAAAAUAAACAAAAAACUUUGGGGGGGGAAAUAAAAACUUGUAUUCAACAAAUAGACCUGAAGUUAUUUUUAACACUUUUAUAAGUACAUUCCCCAAAAUUUUUGUGGAUUUUAAUUUAAUUUAAAAAACAAGUUUAAUUGUUAUUGCUCAAGAAAUAAUAAUUAAUCAAAAUCAAUGUUGUUAUGAAUUAUUGACAUAUUUAAGACUCCAAUUAUUUCACAUCCAAUAUUUCGCUUUGAAAUUUUUUUGGGGGGAAAUAUUGCAUAUUUAAUGUUUUUACCGUAUAAUAAACAUAUUUCAGUGACCAAAAUAGCACAAAAAAUAAUAAUAAACUUGUUUGUAAACUUUUUUAUUAUUAUUUUAAAGACAAAGCUUUGUGUCAACAUUUUGGCUUUUUUCUCAUUGUGUUUUUUGUCGUUUUUCCCAAUUUUUAAUGGUGUUUUUUUUUCUUCUAAAAUGCAGAGGGCCAAUGACCAUCUAGUCACGGGCCACAGGUGGCCCCUGUGCCGCACUUUGGGUACACCUACUGUAGAAGCUAACUGUGUCUGGCCAUUAUAGUCUUAGUACCAUAGUAUAUUUGUUCUGGUCACAUAUGGGACGCGAGUCACAUGGCUGUCUGACGUCAUCACCGGAAGUAGUCAAAUCACCUGGCGGGUGUUUACUGUGUGACAAAAGAGGAGAUCAACAAGGAAGUCCUUCUUUAUCUGCCGCCAUGUUUUGUCAUCCAUUACUGCCUUUGCACAUGUCAAUGUUUACUUUUGUACGCACAAUAAAUCAACACAAAAUCCCUACUCGGGCGCCGUGUUCACCAAGUCUCGUAUGCUUCCCGUGGCGGGUGAGCGAUGACGUCAUGGACUCGUGCUUGA